AUGUGCCUAUGCUGCGGGGAAACCGAGCCUUCCCAAGUCAUCCCAGAAAGACCAAGAAGGCUACAUCCUGCAGAGAUCACUGAACAGCAGCUUGCUGAUAAACGUAUUCAGUACAUGAAAAACCUAAAGAGAGAGAAAAGGAGAUUGAGUAAACAGUUUGCAAACCCCAACCCCGUUCAAGAUCCGGGACUGCUAUGGUCAGUUUGAUAAAGUGGAGUCCAGAUGAAAGAAACCAUGUUCCAGGCCAAUAUAUGCGAAUCUCUAACAUCAAGUGACAGAUCAUGAUUUGACUUCAUCUGGAAAACAAAUACAAUACUCUGCCGUUCCAGCAAAAUAAACACACUACAGGCAUUGAAUAUCCAAGAUACAGGCUCUAAAAUUUUAUGAAAUACCAUGUCUCCCUACCACUUUCUUUCCGUGGUAAAUUUGAGAUUCACUGCUUUUCAACAAAUAGUAAUGAAUAGUGUAGGUAGGCUAUUAAAAUCUUAUUCUCACAUUUAAAGUGGUUCAGAUGAAUUCCUGACUUAUGUAGAUAUUUAUAAUUAUGCUUUAAUCAUAAAGUAAAAACAGA